AAAAACGGAAUUAUUAGAUAUUUUGAUCCUAUUCGAUUAAAAAUUACAAUUUCCUUGAUGAGAAAUAUUUACAUGAGAGUUUUAGAUAUCAGUUAAAUAUAAAAGUAUAUCAGAGCUGUAAGGAUUUAGGUCAUUUGGUGACUUAUGUCAGUAUAGUGAAACUCAGUUAAAACUCUUUACAUUCUUUACAGUCAUUCUUAAAUGCUCUUAAAUUUCUUAUGUCAAAUCAAAUUGAUUCAAGUUAAAAGACUACAUUCAAAUGCCAGUUAGACCGAUUUAAAAUUAGACAAAUUCAACAUUGACUUUUAAUUUUUCUUAAAUACUUUUUGAUUUGACGUUUCAACCAGUGGUGACUUUUAAAAAUAUUUAAAACUUUUAUUUUAAACGUCAAAGUCAUGACUUAAUAGCAGUUACUAAAAGACUAAAAUCUUGACAGCUCUGACGUAUAAUAAUGCAUGUAUGUUUAUAAUAGUUUAUGUCAUUUAUGCGAGACAAAAUAAUGUGUAGAUAGAUAGAGACUAGGUACCAAAUAUAUUUUGUUUUUGUAUAGAAAAAAGAUAGUGAAAUGUGAAAAACUUUUUACACAUAAUUUACAAUUAUUGUAUUUGUUUUGCUUUAUUUUAAGUUAUCUAAGUUAUUUUGAGUAAAUUCUAAAAAUCAUUCCAUUUUGUUCGCCGUCAAGUUAAUAUAUAUUUUUUUUCUUAUGGUGAGUUUAGUUCACUUUUUCGCUAGUGAACUCACCUCAAAUUCCUAUUAGUGAUGAAGUACACCCUAUAUGUCAUUCUGCAUGCACCUUAAGUACAUAUCACAAAAGCUUUAAUAAAAAGCUCCACUUGACACAUCAUAACAGCUGAUUGAUUAAUAAACGUCAUCAUAUAAAGCCUCACCAUGGGGUGGUGUAAACAAAAAAUUUACUUCCGCUUCUAUAACCGCAAGAGCCAAAAAUAAAAAAAACAAAUAAACACAAGUGGAGUGGACCACUGACAGCAUCCCACGAGCUUUGCCCUUGAAGCAGAACAACAACAUAAAGCAUUUAAGGGUGACAGGUCAGGCCUUCUUAUCUUCGUUUACUCAAAAAUAAAAAAAAUUAUUACGAAAAAAUAACAACAAAUUAUGAACUUAGUGGCUAUCAUCGUCACACUGUUGUGAAGAGUGAUAACGACAGUAUAUACUUGAGAUUGAAGAUGUCAAGGGUGCUACGUAGUGCCUUUAAAUUGGGAAGCCAUCACGCGACCUACCUACUGCACCAACAAGAGGCUAGAAUAAUAAAGUCAAUAAGCUGCUACUGUGACUAUUCAUAUAAAGGAGGUCAAGAAGGGGGUGAUGGUGAGUCAAGAAGAGAUUUCAGAACGGUGUUGACCUUGGUGGGGUUGGGUGGGUUUGUAGCUGCCUAUGUGCUAGCAUCGAAAGUGGCAGCUGAAGGGAAGCCCUCGAAAGAGAAUGUCAAUUACCAAAAGUGGCACACGGAGGCGAGAACAGAUUUGCCGACCUACAAACAGGAGGUGAUUCAGAAACAUGACACCUUGGAGAAGAGAAUCUGGGUAACCUAUGGAAUUGGAGUGUACGACAUUACAGAUUUUGUCCCGAAGCAUCCGGGCAGUGACAAAAUCAUGCUUGGCGCUGGAAGUGCCAUAGAUCCCUUCUGGGCUAUUUAUCAGCAGCAUAAUAACAAAGAGAUUCUAACGCUUCUCGAGUCAUUUCGAAUUGGCAACCUGGAUAAGGCGGAUGCAGUGAGUACUGAGGAUAUGGGAUCGCCUUGGGCGAAUGAACCCAAACGACAUCCGUUGCUGAAGCCAGCUUCAGAGAGACCUUUCAAUGCUGAACCACCAAUUAGUCUAUUGGCGGAGAAUUUCCUCACACCCAAUGAGUUCUUCUAUGUGAGGAAUCACCUUCCGGUGCCGGUGAUUGAUGCUGAAUCCUAUGAACUCGACGUUGAAGUUGAGGAAUCGGGAAUAUCUAAGUCAUUCAGUCUGGAUGAAAUCAAGAAGCUUCCCAAGUGCACUGUGACUGCGGCUGUAAUGUGUGGGGGAAAUCGGCGUUCCGAGAUGACCGAGGUGAAGCCAGUCAAAGGUCUAUCGUGGAGUGCUGGAGCUGUAGGUAAUGCUAAAUGGUCGGGAGCCAAAUUGAGGGAUAUACUCUUAGCUAUUGGAGUUGAGUCAGACGAGAAGCGUCAUGUGAUUUUUGAAGGCUGUGAUCUGGAUCCCACUUCGCAUCCCUAUGGCGCCUCCAUCCCUCUUUCCAAAGCUAUGGACGAGCGUGGAGAUGUCAUCCUAGCCUACGAGAUGAACGGCGAGACUAUCAAUCGAGAUCAUGGUUUCCCGUUGCGAGUAAUUGUCCCAGGAACAGUUGGAGCGAGAAAUGUCAAAUGGCUCAGUCGAGUAGUAGUCUCAGAUAGUGAAUCAUCAUCACAUUGGCAGCAAAACGACUACAAAGGAUUCAGUCCCAGCACCGAUUGGGAUACAGUUGAUUUCACAAAAUCACCUGCCAUUCAAGCGAUGCCAGUGACUUCGGCCAUUUGCUGCCCAUCAGAGGGCGAUAAAGUACAAACGAAAGAUGGAUGCAUUGCUGUCAAAGGCUAUGCUUGGUCAGGUGGAGGACGACGGAUUGUUCGAGUUGAUUUGACCGCAGAUGGAGGCGAAAGUUGGCAUGUGGCUGAGUUGGAACAAGACGAUCUGCCCGAUGGUCGUCAUUAUGGUUGGACGCUUUGGUCAGCCAAUUUGCCAGUUCCGGCUGGACAAAAGAAAAUAGAGAUCUGGUCAAAGGCAGUUGAUUCGGCCUACAAUACACAGCCGGAAAGCUUCAAGUAUACUUGGAACUUGCGAGGGGUCCUGAGUAAUGCCUAUCAUAGAGUCAAAGUCGAAAUUGAAUAAAUGAAAUAAGAAAUGGAA